AUGCUGUCUCGCUUGAGGCCGCGCCACAAUCGGCCACAUUCGCUCCGUCAGCCUUUUGAUCUCUUUUCGAGAUGGUUAUGUAGAGAUAAACACCAGUCUUCUCUUCUGGGCUCUACCAAUGAACAAGAGAUCACGAUUGCUAAGAACAUAACGCAGGGGCGUGCUUCGGAAGACGAUGUGUUCAGCUACAAAGCGCAUCGUUGGCUUUGGAAUGAACCCGAACAACUUCGGCGCCGCUAUUUAAGGUUCGAUUUGAAGGCACUGGCUCAUGCCGCCGAAGAUGCGGCGGGCCCUGGCGCAAAUUGUAUAGAAGUCACGAAACUGCCUGAAGGAAACUUCAACAAGACCUUUCUGAUGACGAUGGAUGACGGGCGUAAACUCAUUGCCCGACUCCCAAACCCAAAUGCAGGCCGUCUGCACUAUACUACGGCUUCGGAAGUAGCAACUAUGGACUAUAUUCGAGACCCCCUCCAGAUUCCUGUCCCGAAAGUGCUGGCAUAUAGUACACAUGCAGACACUAAUGGUGUUGGAGCCGAGUAUAUCAUCAUGGAGAAGUGUUCUGGCGUUGAGCUUGGCCGUCUAUGGGAUGGCAUGUCAGGAACUCAGCGGAUUGAUAUUGUGAGACAACUGGCAACCUUCUCGGCACGAUUGUCCAAGGCCCGCUUCCCUCACUAUGGUUCACUCUACUAUGCGAGAGAUAUUCUAGAGAUCAGGGGCACGGAAGUCGAUGAAACUUUCAGCGUUGGUCCGACUACUAGCCGCGCCUGGUUUGAUGAUAGAAGAGGAGACAUUGAUGUCGACCGCGGUCCAUGGGCAUCAGCUGAAGACGUUUUAAAUGCCACCAUGAAACGGGAAAUCGCGUGUCUCGAGGCAUUCUCUGAGUUUCCACGGGACCGUCAGCAAGGCAUAUUCAACGGCCCAGGAGGAUUUCACGCAUCGAAGGUAUCCAAAAUGGCGGUAAUCCAGCACUAUAGUCGCAUUCUUCCUCUUAUUAUGCCGAAGAACGAUGCCUACACCGCCUCAAUUCUUUGGCAUGACGACUUACAUUCUGACAACAUCUUUGUCAAUGAGGAUUGCCCCACGGAGAUAACAGGUAUUAUCGACUGGCAAAAUGUGCAUCUUAGUCCUGCCUUUCUCCAUGUUAGUUAUCCCUCUCUGAUUAAAUAUGAUGGACCAAUACUGGAUGGUUUCGAGCAGCCUACGCUACCUUCCAACUUCGCAGCGUUGGAUCCAGUCGCAAAAGAGAAGGCUCAAAGUCUACACAAGGCCCAAUCCAUGUGGGGACUAUACCAGAUAUUCGUUCAGAAGGAGGCCCCGGACCUGCUACGAACACUUCGGUACCGCAAUACCCUUCCUUGUCAGAUCAUGAGUCGUAUUGGAUCUGUCUUUGGUGAUGGUGAAGCCUAUGUUCAGAGCAUGUUGACUCGACUCGCAGAACCGGAGGUAUGGGAAAAGGUGGUCAAGAUUAAUGGCCAGGAUCCUACGAGGGUGCCUUGUCCUCUCGUGUACUCAGACUAUGAACUUUCGAAGCAGAGAGACGACUUGGCUAAGUGGGAAAAAGACGUUGAGCGGAAGGCGCGAGUGAUGAAAGAGGUUGGUACAUACACAGGUUGGGAUGGCGCAGUUUUACCGAAGGAGUACGACAUGAUGUCUGAAAAGAUGGAGAAAGCCCGAAAGAGAUUUUUGCAUGUAGAAUCAAGGACUUCCGAUGAGAGAGAGCUAUGGACGAACGCCUGGCCAUUCAAAGACAGAUAAAGUUUGAUAUAUCCAUCAGCUCUCUGUACCUUUCGUUGCGGAUUGUAGCUUAACCCAUCGUC